CCACGGUCCAGGGGUGACGCCCCGAGAUGAAAAGACGAUUCUCGGGGCCCCACCUCGUUCCCGCGGUGCGGGCGACGGGUGGGAGCCUGUGGGAGGAAGAGUCAUUUCCCGGGGAAGUUUGCUUUGGCCCCAGGAGGAGAAGACUUCGGCCGGCCGGCAUUCCCGGGCUUCUCCCGCUAAAAUCCCUGGGCCGGUUAAUGAUUGGCAAAUCCCAGGACCCAUCGCCCUCCAUCCCGGCCCGGGCUGGGCGGCCCCCUCGCAGCAGCAAGAUGGCCGGUGACCCCGGGAGGCGUCCGGCCCUUGGCCCUGGGCUAGGCUGGACCCUCUUGCUUCUCCUCCUCGGCGGGACUUCAGGGGAUGACCAGACAACACAGGCCCGGGCCUGCCCCGACUUCCAGAACGCCGGCCUUCUGCGCGGCGUCCACCUCAACGUCCAGUUCCUCCUGUUCACCCCAGCGCAGCCCAGCUGCGGGCAGCCCGUCAAGCCCGACCGGAGCUUCAGGGACUCCGGCUUCAACGGCUCCUUGGACACCAAGAUCGUCAUCCACGGCUUCAGAGUCCUGGGAAGCAAGCCGUCCUGGAUCGACCGGCUGGUCCGAACCGUGCUGCGGGCCCGGCCCGCCAACGUCGUGGCGGUGGACUGGGUGUCCGGGUCGACGGCCGCUUACUUCGCCGCCGUGGGCAACGUCAUGAAACUGAGCCUGGAAAUCUCCGGGCUCAUCCACAAAAUGCUGGAGAUGGGCGCCACGCCGUCGUCCAUACACAUCAUCGGGGUCAGCUUGGGAGCCCACGUCGGCGGGAUGGUGGGACACUUCCACAGAGGGCAACUGGGCAGGAUCACAGGGCUGGACCCCGCGGGACCCGAGUACACCAAAGCCAGUCUGGAGGAGCGUCUGGACCCCGGAGAUGCCCGCUUUGUGGACGCCAUCCACACCGACACUGACUAUCUAGGCAUCCGGAUUCCCGUGGGCCACGUGGACUACUUCGUCAACGGAGGCCAGGACCAGCCCGGCUGCGGAUUCUCCCUCACCUCAGGCUACGGCUACAUGAUCUGCGACCACAUGCGGGCAGUUUACCUCUACCUCAGCGCCCUGGAAAACCCCUGCUCCUUGACGGCCUUCCCGUGUUCCAGUUACGAGGAUUUCCUGGCCGGACGAUGCCCGAACUGCUCCGACCCCUUCCUGCAGGCCUGCCCCAAGAUUGGGAUGGAAGAUCAGGGGGGCAUCAAAAUGGAGAAAUUGCCCAAAGAAGUGAAGGUCUACUUGGGUACCUCAGCUGAGACUCCCUACUGUGUGUUUCACAGCCUGGUGGAGUUUCGCAUGGCGCACCGGGGAAACCGAGACACCACCGUCGAGGUCACCUUCUUCAGCAGCAAUGCCACCUCUUCCGGCAAAGUCACCAUACGCCGGCAGCAGAGGUGGGGCCGAGGGGUCGUCACCCACCCGGCCCCGCUCUGCCGGGUCACCCAGGUGAAGUUGAGGCUUCACUCCUUCCGUCGGACGUGGAGGAUGAGCGAGGCCACCAUGGACGUCACGUUCUGCGCCGCCCCCAUGCCCGUCAACAACAGAGAGAAGCAGUUCUGCCUGGCCCAGCCGGUGACCCUGAAAGCCGGCAGCUCCCUGUUCCGUGAACUGGACGUCGCCUGCGAUUAGGACGGAUUAGGAUUAGGAGGCUCCCACAGCCCCCGACGACUGUGUGGACGCCCACCCGGCCGUCCCCCUCUCCCCCCCAAAGGCCCUCCGGCCUCUCCGACUCUCCUCCGCCCUAGUGGGAUCCGGGGCGUCGUGUUCAUCCUUCUCAUCUAUAAUAAUCAUAAUCACAAUUGCAA